CCAUGGUGUCGUGGAUCAUCUCCAGGCUGGUGGUGCUUAUAUUUGGCACCCUCUAUCCUGCAUAUUAUUCCUACAAGGCUGUGAAGUCCAAGGACAUUAAAGAAUAUGUCAAAUGGAUGAUGUACUGGAUUAUAUUUGCCCUCUUCACCACAGCAGAGACGUUCACAGACAUCUUCCUUUGUUGGUUUCCAUUCUAUUAUGAACUAAAAAUAGCAUUUGUAGCCUGGCUGCUGUCUCCCUAUACAAAAGGAUCCAGCCUCCUGUACAGGAAGUUUGUUCAUCCCACACUGUCUUCAAAAGAAAAGGAAAUCGAUGACUGCCUGGUCCAAGCAAAAGAUCGAAGUUAUGACGCCCUUGUGCACUUCGGGAAGCGGGGCUUGAAUGUGGCGGCCACAGCAGCUGUGAUGGCUGCUUCCAAGGGACAGGGUGCCUUGUCGGAGAGACUACGGAGCUUCAGCAUGCAGGACCUCACCACUAUCCGGGGUGAUGGUGCCCCUGCUCCCACCGGCCCCCCUCCACCAGGGACGGGGCGGUCCAGCGGCAAACACGGCCAGCCCAAGAUGUCCAGGAGUGCUUCCGAGAGCGCGGGCAGCUCAGGCACCGCCUAGAACCCUUCGAUCCCGCUUCAGGAAGAAAAGUACCUCAUCCCCGGCCACUGAAACCACGUGAGUGAGAUGAGCCAACAGCACCGGAUCCACAGAUGUCUCUCCUCUGCCUUAAAGAGCUAGUCACUAGUAACACGAAGUCCGCAGGCUGGGUGUGCUUCGAGUGUGCAGCCUCACAGACAUGGCCUUUACUCGCUCCCCUCUUCUGCCUUUCAGAGUUUUCUGUUCUUUCCUUUCCGUUCCUGCUGGGGAGAGGCUAAAGGGGAAAGGUGGUGGUGGAGGGUGACCUUUCCAUCUUCUGGGUUAGUAAUGUCCCACAGUUGGAGUGUCAUUGUGGCCACAGUGUUUCUAGAUAUAUAAGCACUCUUACCCUGCUGCUGAGGUGGACAUUUGUAAUUUAUUUGUUGCAUAGUUUUCAGUCCUGUAAAUGCAAACGAAGUGAUCUUUUUUAAAAACCUUUUCGUUGUUCUUGGUACUAAUACAUUGGACUCUGAUGUACAUAUUCACGGCUUUUAGCUUAAUGUAAUGAACUUGCAAGGGCUGCCAAAGGUUCUCCUAAGUGACAGAGCUGCAAAAACCAGAACCGUAGACAGAUACUUUGAUUCUAGACGGUGUCUCCAACGUGCUUACAAAGCCAGUGCCAGCAGGGCAUGUCUUCUCCUGCAGGAAGAUGGCCCACGGUCUUCAAGGGGCUGUGUAGUCAGCAGAGCAGAGCUGAGCCAGGAGCACAGGGGCUCAGCAACAGGAAAGAAGGUUGCUGAGUCAGGGAAGAGGAAGGAAGCGCAUCUCCUUGGGUUCAAGAUCAGAAACAUCUGAGCCCUUCUGGAGGCACUGGAACUGCCUCAGGCAGGCAGGCAGGCAGGCAGCUCAGCCUUAGCAGAACCGUUUGGGGGGUGGGGGGAGAUGGAGACUCAGAUGCUGGAAGAAUUCUAAGUAUCUCAGAAUCACUUGGCAAGAGUGCUUCUCCUUCAGGGACCAGUGCCGUGGCUGAUUUCUCCAGGAGGAAGAGCCUGCACCUGAGCGCCUUGUUUUAGACAACACUAUGCAAAGAGAAAAGGCUAAAACUAGGCUUUGUUUCAGAUGUGUCAAAAUACGCAAGACCCUCACAUAACCACCGGAAGGCAGGAUCUGGGGAGGACUGAGGCUGAGCUCCACAGGCAGCUGUGGCUCUUGCUUCCUUCUGGCUUCUGUGGAAGAUGCACGGGAUGGACUGACACUCAUACUCACUCCAUGUCUUCGUGGAUGUUUUAUGCAAGCCAGGACUGCACUGAGAACUUCGACAAGUGUCUGACUUAGAUAACAUUGUGGUCUAGGGAGCUGCCCUCCCCUCGGAGAGCUGAGCCCAGCUGUAGGGCUAGUCCAUUUGUGCUUAGAGUUGGUGUUUCCUUUCCAUGUGAUGCAUGCAGUGGUCACAACCCAGUUACUCCUGUUUGGAUUGCGUUUGUUCACAGCUAUGCCCUGAAGACUAGAGAAGUAGUGCUGUAUACCACACAGAACUGCCAAUAACUGCAGACAGGAUCAGUUAACCCACUGCUCCGUUCCUGAGCUACGCAACCACGCACUGGAGCCUGCCAGGCUACAGUAGCCGGACCUCGGCCACUUCGCAGAGGGUUCUAGGGGAAGUCAUUGCUGCCAGACACACCUAGUGAAAUUCUACAAAAGUGACUCUGUAUUUUAGAACUAACCCCAGGGAACUAACCCAAAAGCUGGCGACUGGGCGGACAAGCAGUCUGCCUGUGGCCCACACCCAUCUGAACCCGUUAAGAAAAACAUCUGUCCUCUUCAAGCUCACCCGACGGCUCCAGACAGGCGAAAUGAUACCCUGUAAAAUGUAGAAACCUGUCGACUGGGUGUAUCUGGGAAGAGAAACAGAGGCAGAGAAGCCCGAGAGAAGAAGCUUUGCAGUGUCUCCCCCCCCACCCCCAUAAAUGGCUUUAGGAGCAGAGUUUAAGCCCUGUUGUUUUCACCAUUUACAGCGGAAGUUCUAACACGUCUAGGCUGUCGAGCUUGUGCUCAGCCAUGCCAAAACCCAGUCUGAAGCUCUCCUCUCAGACUGCUGUACUACUUCCUGUUCAAGAUUUAAGAUAUAAAGGUAUCUAAAUUGUCUUAUUGUAAAUGUAACUACUUUUCCUUCAAGUGUUGACUCGGGAGUUGUCUCCUCCCUUCAAGACACUCACGAUAGAGCUGAGCGCAGCUGUCGUUUCUUGAAAAAUGUGUUUACUUUCCUGACAAGCUGUGCGUUUGUAUGUGGACUGACAUAUGAUGUGAAUGUCCCUGUCCGUGUAGUGGUGUGGUGCUGUCCAGUGAGAUAAAUGAAUGUCUCUAGUUUGCUGACUUAGACACGGGCUGUUUACAGAGUGCUAGCUCGAAGGUCUGCCCUUGUCUCAGCUCUGAGUUACUCGCCUUGGAGCACAGGCCCCGUUUCUGAAGACGUGAGACGAAGUCUCCUGCUUGUCCAUUGGAGAUUUAGUCAACUCUCUCCUGACUUUGUGUGAAUAGCUUGCUCACUGUGCUGGCCUUUGAGAUGUGUGUUCUCCACGGUAAACUGUCCAUGUGUUUGUGUUAAGAGUGCUUGUCAACACAACCGUCGUGUAGCCUUGCCAGUUUUCACCUUGCACAGUAUUGGAAGUGUUGUUUGAAGUGGCGAAAGAUGUGCUUCAUCUUUGGACAGUGUCCACCCAGCCGCUGGUGUUCUGGAUUGUGACUGUGCACACUUCCUCUAGUUUGUUUCUGAAGUCUCUCUAGAAUGAGCUAUAAUUAAAUAGUAUACUGGACUGUGUCUCUAAGGGAUGUAAACUGCAGUAUUCCAAAGGCUGAAGCUCUGCUGUUUGGUUAUAAUGCCUGAUAAACAUCUUCAAUAAAGUCUUAACAUUUUUCUUUAAAAAAA